AUGUCUUUACUUGACAAUCGAUUGAUUGAGUGUUGUAUUUCAAAAGAACCACCGACUUCACCCGCUCGAGAUGCUGUUGUUUUGUGGGAUCAAAGCAAGUUUCAAUGCGCCGUGGAGCUGGAAGCGGUUCUGAAUGAGUCGCACGGACUUUCACCAAAUGAUUGUUGUGCCCAGGUUGGCUCCUCGUCAGGCGCUCACUCUGGACUUGGCUUUCCCCUCUGGCAUAGAGAGUUCAUGAAAAGACAAAUGCCCACAAGAUGGGCAUUGAUGUUGCUAGGAUUGGCGGGAUUCGCCAAGGCGCAAGAACACUGCAAAAUGGCUCCAUCGAAAGAUCUACAUACCACUUGUAAAAUGAUGCACCAAAUGGAUAUGAUGGCGAGGAAAUGGAUUCGAAAGAGGCAAAUCUUUGAGCGACAAAAUCCCGUGUUUGCGCCAUUUGUCUUUGGAGCUGGUGUCUCUCCAGCAGUGCCUCCUCCAUUCGCCCCAUCGGCUGAAGCUUGCAUGAACUAUCAAUGUCUUUGCCCGUAUUUUCGAGGAAACCUUGGCCCACAAAGUCAAUGCUUUUUAUCGAAUGGUUACAUGUUGGGGAUGUCGACUCGUCGCGAGUAUCGAAUGCUUUCCGAUAAUGAACGAUUCAGAUUUCACAAUGCUCUCGUGCAAUUGAAAAGAUCCGGUGACUAUGAUCGAUUGUCGGCAAUGCAUAGACAAGUUGGCUCCUCGUCAGGCGCUCACUCUGGACCUGGCUUUCUGCCCUGGCAUAGAGAGUUCAUGAAAAGAUUCGAGAUAGCAAUUCGUCUCAUCGAUCCCGGUUUAAAUAUGCCCUAUUGGGACUCGGUCAUCGAUUCAUAUCUACCCGAUCCACGUGAUUCGAUUAUGUUUACUACAAUAUUUAUGGGUGAUGCAGAUGCCACGGGACAGGUGGUACAAGGCCCAUUCGCUAGCUUCAGAACCCUUGAAGGAAAGCCAAAUAUUGUCAGAAAACCCGGCUCCGAAGGGAAACUCUUCUCCGAGACAGCGAUAUCAAAUGCUAUUUCCAAUCCCGAUAUUCAGAGUAUUCUCGCGUACACAGCGCCGCAAGCAGGUUGCCCCUAUCGCCCAAAUUUUGCCGCCUUGGAGUACGCUCAUUCAUCCGUACAUUUAUGGAUUGGUGGCGAUAUGAAACCGCCAACAACUUCAGCCAAUGAUCCGAUUUUCUUUUUACAUCACACUUUUGUUGAUUACAUUUGGGAAAUCUAUCGGCAAACACGACAAACACGAGGACAACGGGAAACAGCAUGGUCACCAGAUGUGGCUACUUGCUCGAACACUCAGCACUUCUCCUAUGCUCAAAUGAGACCAUGGGAGAAAUUAAACAGAGAUGGCCUUUCCAAUGCUUACACCGAUUACAUGUACCGAUAUGCUCCUCGUCCAUCUUGUUCGACUCAAUCACCAACUUGUGGCAGCUCAUAUCUCUUCUGUGACACUCGUGGAAAUCCACACUGUGUUUCGAAAGUGAAAAUAAAUGGAAAUUGUCGUGGCUUUGAGUCGUUCGAUAGCUGUUAUCAGGGACAAUGUGUGGCUGGCUUUUGUCGACCGGGACAAUUUGCACAGCCAUCUCAAACAACCGCUCUUCAACCGUUUUCUCAGCAAUCUUUCAGCAAUUCAAUCACCGAACAAACUCCACCUUUUCGCAAUAGAUUCCGAGUAAAGCAAAAGCAAAGACAAUGGCCGAGUUCUCAACGGCACAGGGCACCAGCGUUGAAUCGUCAGCUUGGCUCAACAUCGAGCAAUUGUUACAACGAUGAUCCCUGUUGUGAAGCAUGGGCAAGAAGUGGAGAAUGCUCGAUCAAUCGCAACUACAUGAGUCGCUACUGCAGAAAAUCUUGCUUCUAUUGUGCGAGUGCUGACACAAGAAAUGGAUGUGUGGAUCGACAUGUCUCAUGCACUUUCUGGCAAGCGCAAAACUUUUGCACCCGAAGACGACAAUGGAUGGCUGAGAAUUGUCAGGCAAGUUGUGGUUGGUGCAAUAUCUCCAAGCAGCAAUUGUGCGUCUCAGUGGCUCGAAUGAGCCGAAUG